AUGAAGUCUGUCGCUGCUCUCUCCGCCCUCUCCAUGCUGGCUGGUGCCGAGGCUGCUGAGACUGUCCUGGGUGCUUAUGUCUUCCAUCGCCAUGGUGACCGUACACCAAAGGCUCUUGCUCCCACCAACCUAACCACGCUUGGAUACGAGCAGGUUUACACUUCUGGACAGUACUACCGCUCACGUUACCUGUCCGGUGAAUCCAAGAUUCGCGGCAUCAACGAGGACGAAGUAAAGUUGUCCCAGCUGCAGGUUCAAGCACCCGUCGACAAUGUUCUCCAAAACUCUGCCAUGGGUUUCCUGCAGGGUCUGUACCCACCUGUUCAGACUGUCUCGACUCUUGCCAACGGCCAGAAUGUCCAGGCGCCCAUGGAUGGAUACCAGCUGAUUCCCGUCAACACCAUUGAAACCGGUGCUGGCUCAGAGGAUUCUGGUUGGCUCCAAGAUGCUUCAAGCUGCCAGAAUGCAAAGGCGAGCUCAAACUCGUACUUUGAAAGUCAAGAAUACAAGGACCUUGCUUCAAGCACCUCUGGGUUUUACAAAUCCCUCGUCCCUUCUAUCAACGGCGUCAUCAGCGACGACCAAGUGACUUACAAGAACGCCUACAUCGUCUACGACAUCCUCCACGUAGCCGAAAUUCACAACUCCACCAUCCCAAACUCCGAGGUCCUUACAAACUCCACCCUCAACCAACUCACUGCCCUCGCCAACGCCCACGAAUGGGGCCUCGCCUACAACGCCAGCGACAACAUACGCGCCGUCGCAGGGAUGCAACUCGCAGGCGAAAUCCUUUCCUACAUGACCAACGUAAUCCGCACCUCUGGCUCCAGCAAACUCGGCAUCCAAUUCGGCGCCUACGCCACAUUCCUAUCCUUCUUCGGUCUCGCAGACCUACCCAGCGUGAACCAGGACUUCACCGGCGUAGUCGACUACGCCAGCUCCAUGGCAUUCGAGCUCUUUACCACCGCCGACGCUGGUGCUGGAUUCCCCGCGGAAAAGGAUCUUCAGGUGCGCUUCUUGUUCCACAAUGGCACAGCGAGCAACGCGAGUGAACCAUCCGUCUACCCGCUUUUCGGCGGCAAGUCGGAUGCCAUUUCGUGGGCUGAAUUCAAGGAUAAGCUGAGCAAGUUCGCUAUCACAUCUACUGAGCAGUGGUGCGGCAAGUGCGGUAACACGGCGGGAUCGUGCGCUGCGUUUGCGGCGAAGACUGAGGGUCAAGCUGAGAAGGAGGGUGCUAGCAGUGCGCUUUCGCCGGCGAUUGGGGGCGUGAUUGGCGCGUUUGUUACCCUGGCUGUUGUGUCGGGGUCGUUGGCCGCGCUGAUGCUCGUCGGUGGGUUUAGGAUUGUUAGUAAGAAGGCGCUGCAGAAGGGGAUUACGGGGGUUAAUGUCGAGCCCAAGGCUUAG